AUGGCCCAGACUCCUAAGGACAUGGUUCCUGAUGAGACCCGCGAGCCUUUUUUUGUUGAAGAACCAAAAAUCGAAGCAAUUGAUCCUUUCAAGUAUAUUAACUGUACCAACUACCUAGAUUUGAACACAAUUUCCAUAUUACUCAAAGAAAUCGAAAAAAACAUACUGGCUUACACACACACCGAUAUUGCUCAAGCUCUUAGUGUUGCCGGAAUUUCUUAUGAGCAAUUUCAAAAAAUUCCUUGCUUUGUUUAUAUCAACUAUUUCUCCAAUCUUGCCAUAAAAAGGCUUGAUCUUUUGGAGAUCAUUAUUUAUACAUACAUUACAAUAUGGGAGUGUAAUGAUAUGAAAAUCUUUAUUGACAAUAAUUUUGCUUUUUUUCUUUAUGUGGUCGAUAAAUACUUAGACUUCCAGACAAUUCAACAAUGCAGUUUCUAUAAUUUGAAAGGUAGAUCAAACAUAAAAGAUGAUGUAAAAACAAAUAAGCAAAUGAUUAAUAUAUUAUAUGAAGAUUUAAUUACAUGUUAUCCAUAUAAAUCGACAGCCAAUCUAAUAUUACAUCUUCUAAAUGAUGAUACUACAUAUAACUUUUCGAAUGUUGACUUUCGAUUUCUUGAUGAUCACUUGCAUAUCGCUCAUUUAGCUUUGCAUUUCUCUGCCACAAAUGUAUUCAAUCAGUUUGCACAGGGCAUCAAAGAUAAAAACUUUAAUAAUUAUGUUAAAAUUUACAACGGAUCUUAUUUCGACUUUGAUCUUUUGAAUGAUGGAACUGUGCCCAAAUGGAUUUUGGCAGGAUCAAACUGUGUCAAUGCUAAUAUGCUUCCAUUUUUGAUUUCAACUCAUGAUUACAUCGGAUUUCUAAAACAAAAUAAUCUGAAUGAAAGAAGAAUUCAAGGGCAAGUAUUACUUAACUGUGCAAAAUAUAAUGAAUUCCUUAUUUUUCGUACAUUUUUAAAUAAGGAUACCGCAAAAAGCUGUAUCAAACAUAUAACAACGGCAUCUGGCUUAGAAGCAUUUUAUCUGGAGACAAUGUAUAAAAUGUUAGAUAUAAAUUUUCUUAACAAAUUAUAUGAUACAGAAUCAUCGAAUUAUAUUGGACUAUAUUCAAGGCUUUUAUUUUUCGAAUGCAAUUCCAAAAUACCUUAUAAAAUCAAAAAUUUUGAGCUCACUGUUAACAAAAAUAAAUUAUUGAAUCCAUUUCAAGUAUACGAAUUUUUAAGUUAUUUACCGUCAUUUUUGGAGAUCAAAAAUGCAUCGGUUAAAGAUCCUAAAACGGAUUUAUUUCGAUACAGGAUAGUAUACAAUUUUAAAUAUAUAAAGGAAAGCUUAAUUACCUCAACAAACAAAAAAACAUUAUUUGAUAUUGUCCUUGUUAAAGGGAAUUUAUU